GAAGACAGGGCGGCAGAAAGCCCAUCAUGUGAUUAGACUGGAAAGAGCCAUGUGUGAAGCAGGUUCAAUAAUCAACCAGUGUAGCAGUUGUUUUAUUGAUUCUGAACAGGCAAAUGCUGUAAGCUUUGGGAUUUAUUAAUAUGUCAACUGGUUUCUUACUCAGGAAUUUUACUCAAGUCUAUUUCUGUCUGACAGGUUAUUACGAGGUGCUGAAUUUUGGCGACUGCCAUGUAAAUUGUUCCUAUCAAGAGAAUUUCACAAUGACAAACCACAGCAGCAGCCAGGUAGUGAGGUUUGAGUGGCCUCCUGUUGGAUCCCAUGUCUCCUUUUCACCACAGGUUGGGCACCUUCAUGCCGGUUGUUCCAAGGAAGUGACUGUGACCUUUGCCUCCAAUCAGCCAGUGACUCUUACCAGCCAGCCGAUCAGAUGCAAACUUAGUCAGGUGAAUUUCCAGCAGCCACUCGAGCAGGUGGCCGACUGGGACGACCGGAGGAGGACAUUGCAGUGGCAGAGUUCUCCCAAACAGGCCUCAGGAGCACCACAGCAGCACAAGAAGAAGAAGGUGAUGAAGACGGAUCCUGAACCCUGCUGCUCUGUUGACUAUGUGAAGUUCAGCUGCAGCAACGACACCAUCCACUUCAAAGACAGCAUGCUUUACCAAACCAGGCUCCACCAGUAAGUCUACCACCCUGCAUAGGCUUUUUCAUGAAAGGAAUCAGGGCAACGAGGUAGACCUCAUGUUUGUUUCUGUGUGUGUGUGUGUGUGUGUGUGUGUGGAGGGGGUAUGCCUAGACGACAUAUUUUGUGCAAAUGUGUAAAAUGUGUGUUUCCUGUUCUAAUUGCAACAGUAACUGGAUUCUGUUAAGUGUGUUUUUCUAAUGUAAUUUUCUCACUCAUGUUAAAAUAAAAAUAUAACUGCAGAAUUUUUUGGUGGGGGGCUCAAAGGGGGUCUCGCCAUGGGUGCCAUUCAAUGCAGAACCGCCCCUGCACACAAUCACACAAGCAACAUGCAACACCACUAAUACAACUGAUGUUCCUUUCCACAAUAUAUGUUCAUACUAAUUCUCCCCUCUGAUUUCACUGUCUUUAUUGUUUAUCGUUGGAGAUUGUGCUCCCCCCUCCUGUAGUCCAGACAUUGGUCGUGGUGGUGAAGAAGGGAGUUGAUGAAAAUGAAAACGAAGGAUGAUGCAUGAUAGCUGGCUGGAAGUGCCUUGGGGGGAGGAGGUUCGCGUCCGGUUUUGCGCUGAAAUGACACCUGACAGCAACAACGGAGAGAAGCCCUUUAAAGGUUUGACAGCAACAAUAUGAUUGGUUUAGAGACACAGCACCGCCUCUGGUUGGUUAUCUACACCUAGAUGCUGGAAAUCUCAGCUGAUAGUAUAAUGCCAUGAAUUACGCAUGGCAUAAAGGGAGUCUUCCUUCCUUGAACUACCGCUUAAGCUCCAUAACCAGAAAGCGUCAUAUUCCAUGUCUCCAUCAAGGCAAAUUGGUGCAUCCAAAUGUUAUUUGAAAUGCGUAAAUUAUGUAAAUUCUUUCUAAUCAUCCAAAAUAACGAUACGUGCAAUGCCAUGAGUGGGGAACGCGCUGUGCAUUGAGUGGAACGAAUUUGACAGUCACUCACUGGCACAUUUUUUUUCCCCAGUCCGUCCCUGGUGCACAUCCUACUAUGAUGAAGUUAAAAUGUGUAACACGCACCGCGCAAGGGCAUGUAACGGG